GUUGCAGGGAGGGCGCUCGCGGCGUCUUCAGCUAAUAUCACAGUCGCGCUGCUACGGUUUAUACAUACAGGUCUCUCGGUUUGCGACAGGACCACGUUUCUACAUAAAACAACCCGUUUACAUUUCCUACAUACGCGGUACGUACGACAGCCAGGAGUUACGUCUGUCGGGCUAUUUCAUGAGGGAAAACAGGGUCGCGCGGCGGCUUUACGCUUGGAAACGGUGUUCAUACUGUAUCUCCAGCGGUUAUACGGACAUCACCGCAGCAGACCCGUAUUCUUACAGCAUCGGGAGGAAACGACGGAGCCAUUGAGGUUUAAAUCUUAAGGAGAUGGGACUUGGGCUCCUGCCCACAAGAGAACGAUUCCGAGCGCUACCCCUAUAGCUGUGACCGGUUUGCCGUGAGGCCCCGUACCCCCUUCUCAUGGUUUCCCUAUAGCUCCAAAACUGUGCAGCCAUGUUCAGGAACAGUCUGAAGAUGCUGCUCGGCGGCAAAUCCAACCGCAAGAAUCGAAACAGCAGCAGUGACUCCGUGGAGGGCGAGUGUGUGUUUGAGGGGGAUUACGCCGUCCCUCCUCUGCCGGUGACCGAGGGCAUGCAGCACAUUCGGAUCAUGGAGGGCGUUUCUCGUUCUCUCCCCUCCUCGCCCCUGCUCUCCCACCAGGCCCUCAACAUGCGCCUCCAGCCCCUCAAGAGAAUCCCAGGAGACGAAGGCCAGGAGCUAGGUCCCCCUCCAUCUGUGGACGAGGCAGCCAACACAUUAAUGACGCGACUGGGCUUCCUGCUCGGAGACAAAGUGAGCGAAGGGCCUGCUGGUGCUCAGUAUGGUAUGGAGGAACAAGAUGACCCCCAGGCCAUCUCCAUGACCCAGAGGAUCAGUCCAUGCUCUAGUUUAGCUAGCAGCACAGCAUCACCUCCUGCCGGCAGCCCCUGCUCCACAUUGCCCGCCGGAGUCCCGGGUACCACGGGCUCCCGUGACUGUGCUUACGGAUCUAUCACAAGCCCCACCUCUACACUGGAGAGCAGAGACAGCGGCAUUAUAGCAACGCUCACAAGUUACUCUGAGAAUGCCGAACAUGGUAAACACAGUGAGAGUUCACGGGGCAGUCUAAAACUCUGGCAGGCACAGAAGUCAAUGGGCGCGGACUCCUUUCUGUACCGUGUGGAUGAAAACAUGGCCGCCUCGACGUACAGCCUCAACAAAAUUCCAGAGAGAAGCCUGGAACAUUCUGUAUCUCACUCCGCCCACUCCAUCCCUCUCUACCUCAUGCCCCGCCCCAAUUCUGUGGCCGCCACUAGUUCAGCCCACCUGGAAGAUCUUGCAUACCUGGAUGAACAGAGGCAGGCUCCACUACGCACAUCUUUGCGCAUGCCACGCCAAAACUCUGGAUCUAGUCGCUCUGGACAGGCUGAUAUGAGAGUGCGCUUCGCUCCAUACCGACCACCGGACAUCGCCCUAAAGCCGCUUCUCUUCGAGGUGCCCAGCCUCACGCCCGAGACCGUCUUCACCGGCCGAGAAUGGCUCUUUCAGGAAGUCGACGCUUGUCUGCGCAGCAGCGAGCCCGCCGCCAAUCAAGGUGUCGUUAUUGUCGGCAGCGUGGGAUUCGGCAAAACAGCAAUCAUCUCUCGCUUGGUGGCUAUGUGCUGCCACGGUAACCGCAUGAGACAGAUCACCUCUGACAGUCCACACGCCUCCCCAAAACAUGGCGACACACUGCCCCUCAGCCAGCCUCAGUCCGCUCACGGCACUCUGGUCGGAGGGAGCAGCUGUCCAGGCACACCGGAGAUGCGGAGACGCCAGGAGGAGUCUCUAAGGAGGCUGGCUUCACAGGUGGUGGCAUACCAUUACUGCCAGUCAGAUAACGCUUACACCUGCCUGGUGCCCGAGUUUGUUCAUAACGUGGCAGCGCUGUUAUGCAGGGCACCUCAAAUGCAGGCCUACCGAGAUCUGCUGCUGCGCCAGCCGCAUCUACAGAGCACGCUCAGCCUGCGAUCUUGUGUCCAGGACCCUUUUAAUGCUUUCCGUAGGGGUCUGUUGGAACCACUGGAAAUCCUGCAUAGUGAGAGGAAGAUCGCAUGUGAGGAGAAUCUCAUCAUCUUGAUUGACGGGUUGAAUGAGGCGGAGUUUCAUAAACCGGAUUACGGGGAAACCAUUGUUUCCUUCCUGUGUAAAACUAUUGAGCGCUUCCCUCCUUGGCUCAAACUGGUGGUCACUGUCAGAACGACGUUACAGGAUGUGACUCGCCCAUUGCCAUUCCAUCGGAUCUCUCUGGAUCGGCUGGAUGAGAGCGAUGCCAUCGACGCUGACCUUCAGGGCUACAUACUGCACCGCCUGCACUCCAGCCCGGAGAUUCAGAAUAACGUGGCGCUUAAUGGCAAACUGGACAACGCGGCCUUCACCAAACUUAGCGCUCAUCUGAAGAGUCUGAGCCGGGGCUCUUACCUAUACCUGAAGCUGACACUGGACCUCAUUGAGAAGGGCUACCUCGUCCUCAAAAGCUCCAGCUAUAAGGUGGUUCCAGUAAAUCUAGCUGAGCUCUACCUGCUGCAGCUGAACAUGCGCUUUCCCACGCAGUCAUCAUUCGAGCGCGUUCUUCCACUGCUUAACAUAGCCGUGGCCUCGCUGCACCCGUUAACCGACGAGCAGGCGUUCGGCGCCGUCAAUGCCGGCGUGGUGCGAGGAGCGGCUCUCGACUGGGAUGAUUUCCAGCAGAGAUCCGAACUCCUGUCACCGUUCCUUGUAAAGAGACGUGACGGCACGCGCAUGUUUGUCCACCCCUCCUUCAGAGAGUGGCUCAUAUGGAGAGAGGACGGAGAGAAGACCAAGUUCCUCUGUGACCCCAGGAGCGGACACACACUGCUUGCGUUCUGGUUUUCAAGGCAAGAGGGGAAACUCAAUCGGCAACAGACCCUUGAGCUCGGUCACCACAUUCUCAAAGCUCACAUCUUUAAGGGGCUGAGUAAGAAGAUUGGGGUUUCUUCAUCAGUUUUGCAGGGGUUGUGGAUUUCACACAGUUCAGAAGGGCUUUCUGCUGCUUUGGCUUCACUGAGAAACCUCUACACGCCUAACAUCAAGGUAUCUCGACUGCUGAUUAUGGGCGGGGCCAAUGUCAAUUAUCGCACAGAGGUGUUAAAUAAUGCCCCCAUCCUCUGCGUGCACGCCCACCUGGGCUACCUUGAGAUGGUAGCUCUGCUGUUGGAGUUUGGGGCCGAGCCGGAGGGAGUUUCAGAGAGCGGACUCACCCCUCUUGGCUACGCAGCCUCUGCGGGACACCUGUCCAUCGUCACUGCCCUCUGCAGUAGGAAAGCCAAGGUGGACCACCUAGAUAAAAACGGUCAGUGUGCUCUGGUUCACGCUGCCCUGCGGGGACAUCUGGAGGUUGUGAAGUAUCUGGUUCAGUGUGAAUGGAAUACUGACGGACAGCAUCCAGGAUCUCUGAGCAAAAGCCAUGCGGUUCAGCAAGCCCUCAUAGCAGCAGCUAGCAUGGGUUAUACUGAGAUUGUAUCAUAUCUGCUUGAUCUGCCUGAGAAAGAUGAGGAAGAGGAGGAACGAGCUCAGAUAAACAACUUUGACACACUUUGGGGAGAAACAGCACUGACGGCUGCAGCGGGUCGGGGAAAGCUGGAUGUGUGUCGUCUGCUGCUGGAGCAGGGGGCCGCGGUGGCACAACCUAACCGCAGGGGCAUCGUGCCGCUCUUCAGUGCUGUGCGACAGGGACACUGGCAGAUUGUGGACCUGCUUAUGAAUCACGGUGCUGAUGUGAACAUGGCUGAUAAACAGGGCCGCACUCCUCUCAUGAUGGCUGCGUCCGAGGGACAUCUGGCCACUGCUGAGUUUCUGCUGGCUCAAGGUGCCUCGUUGUCUUUAAUGGACAAGGAGGGGCUAACAGCACUGAGCUGGGCGUGUCUUAAAGGUCACCUCACAUUGGUCCGUGCACUGGUUGAGAGGGGCGCGGCAACGGCCCACGCAGACAAGAGCGGCCGCACUCCAUUGGAUCUCGCCGCAUUUUAUGGAGACUCUGAAGUGGUGCAGUAUUUGGUUGAUCAUGGUGCUAUGAUCGAGCAUGUGGACUACAGCGGCAUGCGACCGCUAGACCGAGCUGUUGGCUGCAGGAACACAUCAGUGGUGGUCGCUCUGCUUAAGAAGGGUGCCAAGAUAGGUCCAGCAACAUGGGCAAUGGCGACAUCCAAACCUGACAUUAUGAUCGUUCUGCUGAGCAAACUGAUAGAGGAAGGAGAUGGAUUCUAUAAGAAAGGAAAGGUGAAGGAAGCAGCUCAGCGGUACCAGUAUGCACUGAAGAAGUUUCCGCGAGAGGGUUUCACGGAAGACCUGAAGACCUUUCGUGAACUCAAAGUCUCUCUGCUGCUCAAUCUCUCCCGUUGCCGCAGGAAAAUGAACGACUUUGGGAUGGCAGAGGAGUUUGCCUCCAAGGCACUAGAGUUGAAACCCAAAUCCUAUGAAGCCUAUUACGCACGAGCCCGUGCCAAGCGCAGCAGCAGGCAAUUCCACGCAGCCCUGGAGGACCUGAGUGAAGCUAUGCGCCUGUGUCCCAACAAUCGUGAGAUCCAGCGUCUGCUGCAGCGCGUUGAAGAAGAGUGUCAUCAAGUCACACAGCAACAGGAGCUGGAUCCGCCCCCUUCCCCUCCCCACAAUCAAGCCCCACCCAUGGUCCCACAUCCAUCAUUGGAGCCCCGUUUUUCAGACAUGGAGCCCGUCCAGGACCUGUUUGAGGAAGAUGAUGAUUACCUUGAGAGGGAUUUGGAGGGCCUGCCGCUAGGUGUUCCUGCAGAGCCCCACACUGGUCAGUCCGGACUUCCGGUCAUUCAAAACAUGCCUCCAUCUCCCAGCCAUCAUGAUUCCCCCUAUAUGGGCCAAGCGUUUGACCUCCGACCCAGCCCACCUUCAAUGUCAUCUCCUACACGGCAGGGCUACCAAUCCACAUCUCCGUCACUAUCUCCAACGCACCAGAGCUCUCACUACCGGCCUAGUCCACCCCAUCAGGCCUCGUACCACUUCAGCCCACCGCCCUCACCAUUACGUCGUGGACCACAGUACCGCGCCAGCCCUACUGAAGGAGUUGCCAUGUACCGUCCCCAGUCCGCCUCUGCAGGCCGCUACCAGCAAGACCAGCUGUCCGGGCGACCCAAGUCCCCUCUCUCCAAGAUGAGCAGCCAGCGAUCAUUUCAGCUUCCCCAACAGACUUCCCAGCCAGCACAACAGAGCCAGUGGUUGCAGCCAGCCAAGGCACAGAUUGUCCGUACCAGCCAGCCCAGCACUGCAGUACACUCCAGUGCCGUACUUGGAAGUAGCGCAUACAGUCAAAUCGCCCACUCCAUGAGCGCUCGCUGCCCGGGAGACAUGGAUGAACUCGAGGAUGUGGGAUACUCUACAUCACUUCAGCCUCAAGGAAGUCUGAGCGCAGGGGCUUUGUACCAACGUGCCAUCAGCAUGGACCCUGGCCUCAUGGAGGAUGAGCUCCCUCAGCGGCCUUCCUCUGCAUACAGACCCAAUCCAGGAGGUGUCCGCUAUGGCCAGACACCACAGAUCAGCCGAAGUCAAACCACCGCCUACUAUCCAGCCCCGCCCCACGAGUUGGAGAGGCAGGUGACGCUGGGUUCACCCGAGAACCCUCAUCUUCAUCGACGUCCGGUCAGUGCCAAUAGCUCAGAGCCCAAACAGCAUCCACCGCCCCCACGGCCCCUAAUUCAUUCCCACAGUACGGGUCUGCGGUUCUCUCCGUCAAGUAACAGUUUAGUGGCGGGAUCUGCUGCAAAUCUAGGCCCAAGUUUCAGAGCUUCAGCACAGCAAAUGGAGAUCCCCCUGAAGGUUUCUUAUGAAGGCAGCUACCAUGAUGACCUUUCACCAGUGUCACCCCCACAGGGCACCGACUUCCGGGUGGUGGGUGGAACGUACCCAGGUGAAGCCCUUCGCUCGCGAGCCACACCCUUCAUGGGCAUCAUUGACAAAACAGCACGGACUAACCAGUAUCUUCAGCAGCAGCCUUCGCUAGCAUCCUCCUCCUCAGCUUCUCGGCCCUGGACCGUUUCGUCCCUGGAUACGGUGGUUAACAGUCCGGCCACUUCCCCUAGUAACAUGGGCUACGGGCAACAAACGGCACCUCUCAGCCAUAUCGCCUACUACAACCGCACCAACAACGCUCACAAUGGCCACCUCAUGGAUGACGAUUUCUAUGCCAACCCACCGGGUGUAACACGGGACCGGGCGGAUGCUAUGGGUCGAAUCAGCCAGGUUCCCACGUACCCUGAUGUGAAGGUGGCACGGACUCUACCAGUCUCCCAGGCUUACCAAGAUAAUGAGUUUAGGCAAAUUUCUCGUAAUGAAAGGCAAGGCCCAACCUCACCAAUCAAACCAAAGAGACCCUUUGUGGAGUCUAAUGUGUAAAAAUGGUCAGUAUGAGACAUUCUUGACGUGUUGAUAUUGCAAGCUUUGAUUCAAUGUCCCGUGUCUUGAUGAUACAGACUAAAAUGAAGGUGGAAUAUGUACAAAACAAGUGCAUCUGUGCUCUGGGCACAAGAAUGGGAGUAGGCCUGUGUAACUGCUGUACACCAACCUUGUACUUUUUCUUGUACAUUCAGGAUUAGGAGGCCAAGAAGCGCCAGUCCUGGACACAUUAUAGAAACCUGACCUUGGCCCCGGUACCAGAACAGUAAUAAGAAUCCUGUAAUAAGAAAGCCUAUUUCAAAUCAAUAUUGCUAUAGCAAAAAAGUAAUAUUUAUCAUUUUAAGUUAUGUUUGUACAAAUAUAUAUGUAAAUUUCAAUGCAGUUGUGUGUGUUUUGUUUUUUUUGGUUUGCCUUAGGUUCCUAAGUUGACAUGCAGUCAGCAAUGUGAAAUAUUUUCGGGCUUAAGGGCAUUUUAAGUUUUUGUCAGUACUGUAGGUUGCAAAAGAUUACUUCUUUUUGCUCAUUGCAAAGACACUUUAGAGAUCGAUCAUUUCCAGUCUGCUUUUGGGAAAGUAGCAUUGAGAGGCGGUCAACCUCUAAUUUACCUGCGCCUGGAUUGCUCGUCGCACCGCUAAAGCCGAAACUGUCUUUUCCAAAGAAACAUUUUUCAUGGUGUGUAGGAAGUUUUGUUUUUAUUCGACAACCUCAGAAUCCACACGCUAUCUUUUAUCAAGUAUUAAGAGCUUCUCUGUUCACUGAUACACACACUAAGUUGCAAAGCUGUUGGCCUUCAGGACAUUUUUCCUUUUUAUUUUAAACUGUGAGCACUUGGUUUCAAAGUGGGAAACCUGCUUGGAUGUAAAAGCCUGCGCUGAAUACUACCACUGAACUGAUAGGCUGGCUACUUUUUUUAGGGGAGGACACUGCAAGACAGAUCCGCUCAUCGAGUAUGGCUUUACCAAUUGUUGUCAGCUGUUGUUACUGUAAAAAGAGCAGGUCUUUUGCAAUGUUUUAAUUAUUUUUCUCUUUUUAGAAAAAAAACAAUGCAGUCAAAGUCGACCUGGAAUACUGCUUACUGUACAACAGUGUUUGUAUUUAACUUUUUGUUUUCCUUUUGUAUGACAAACGUGUAAAUGGCUGUACAUAUGUGCUUAACUAGAAAGCAUGCUCUCUGCUAAUACACAAACAUUGGGUGUAUGUGUGUGGUUUGGUUUUAUGUAUGAACAUCCAUUAAGGGAAAAGACUGGCACAAUGUAUUUCAUUUCUUCCCUUAUUAGACAAAAAUAAUAGAUCAAGUUUGGGUUUUGUAUUUAAUUUUUUUUUUAAAUUGGUCUUGCGAAGGAGGAUUUUCUAUACAUUGUCUGUAAAUGUGAGCUGUGCUGUUUUGCUGGGAAGGAACAUCCAAAACGUGAAUAUGAAAAUUUGUAUCCACUUUCACCAUUGUAAACUGUACAAUCAUCUGUAUGUAUGAGGAGAAAUAAUGAACUUAUUUAAAAAUGAAGACCACUUCAGAGAAAUGAAA